GCAAGUGAAGCGUAUAAUAGAUGGUGAUGUUCUUGUUUACAUGUUGCUAACGUGAGAAGAAAAGAAAGAACGACCAGAUUUUGCAUUUAAAUUUCCAUUGAUAAGAACCUUGAUAAGGCAAUAAGGGGUUAUCAUAAUGUAUUCUCAUACAAACCAGAAAAUUGACGAAAUAAGGCGGGAUAUUGAUAAUAUAGCCCAAAGUGGGAAUUAUUAUUGUACGCAAGAAAUAGGCAGAGAAUUAUCAAAUAUUCGAAAUGGACUUGAUCAUAUGAGACUUGACAACAAUAUAUCAUCAACUUCAAAAUUCAAAGGAAGUCCUGGCAUAAAUACAUACACAUCAGGUCCUCCUGAUUUAGAUAGAGUAAGCAAUCACCUAUCACAUCUCAAACAUGUUAUGGAUAUUGAGAAUCUACAGGGUAAACAGGAAAAUCAGUUACGUGAAAGACAUCAUUACGCAGUGCAGAAUCUACGUGGAAUCCAGCAGGAUCUGGAUCCCCACACUUACCAGGCUGCAGAUAGAAUUCGUCAGUUUGGGGAUCACAUAGGUGUCACUGACAGCUACACUGGUUACCGUAACAAUCUCUCCCGAGGAUCCAGGGAACCAUUCCAAAUGAGAACAGCAUGGGCGGAUAAGAAUUGCAAUACUGGAUACAUGGGUGCUCUAAAUGCUGCUAGGAAAUUUCAUGAAGACAGAGAAAGGCAGUCAGCAAUGAUGAGACCAAAGACUGCCCCAUCAUUACUUGGAAGUAAAAUACAGUAUGGUUUUAAUGCACAACCAAAGUUUGAUUACAGAGGUUACCAGACAAUUGACAGUAUAUACCCACGCAGCAAUACUUUUCAUCAGACCAGUGGUCCUGCAGUUAGUUGGAAAUUGAACGAGACCAAAGCAGAAAACAGUUUAAAUAAAUUUCCCAGGGAAAGUCCAUAUCAGACCAUGACUACCACAGAUCCAAGAGGAAUGCAGUGCAUGUCUGUUCAGGAACAGGCAGGGAUCAAUACAAGAUUCCCAGGACCAACAGAGUAUUCGACCAAGUUUGAGCGACCCCCAAUGGACAUACCGACAAGUGCAUUUAACAUUAAUCCAACACCAAACUUCCACCUUCAUGGACGUCCACUUGGAACGGAAACAUAUGAUGCCUGUAAUACAGAGUAUCAAGUUAGAUACGAAUGGCCUGAUAGCAAUAAAAUUGUGAGAAUGCCAUGGUUACGAAAAUAGACAUAAUAUAAAAAAAAUUUAAUUUGCAAAUUCAUCAAGCUGUAAUUUUUAAUAUUGUUACUUUGCUAUAGUGUUGUUGAGAUACAGUUGUUGCAAUGGUUUUACAUGGAGGAUGGUGCCAGUGAUUUUUAUAGGAAAAAAAUCGUGUAAUUUGGAAAGAAAGAUCUGAUGUAAAUAAGCCUUUAGACAAAUCAGCAUUAGUUUCUAUUUAGUAAAUUCUAUUAACUCUUCACUAAUAUGUUAUAUUCAAGAAAGAUGCAAAGACUAAAACUUAAUGUAGAAAAGCUUCAUAGAUAGAAAUAUCAAAACACAUACAAUAUAUUACUCUAUAGGGCUUCUUUUUUCGUUCAUGGAUUUUGUUUAAAUGAAGAAAACACAAAACUCCUUAUCUUUCAAAUAAAAAUGAUAGAAUUAAAGAGAAAAAAAAAAAGAAAGAAAAGGAAAAGAAAGAAAUUUAAUAUUUUAUCAGUUUUGGACUCCCAUGAGUUCUAUUUCAUAAAAAGUUGUACAAAAUCAGGUUUUUGUGUAAACUCAACUGUAAGAGUAUUAAAAGUAUGUCCUUCCUAAUGCUUCGUUUUAGAAUAUAUUUGAAUAGAAUGCACAUGUAUAAAACCAGUCUGUGAAUUCAAAUUCACACAUGUAACAGGAAAACUUUUUUGUAUCAACUGAAAUCCUUGAAAUUUCAGUCUGAACGGUCAUUUGUCUUGAAACAUUCAAAAGAUGACCAAAUACAAGUCUGACUGUAACAAAGAAAUUGAUUAGCAUAGUUUAUUAACACAUAUCUUAUUAAAGGUAGCAUAUUGUAAUUUAUAUGUCUGAUAUAUAUAUAUUUAUUUAUUUUGAUAACAAUAUUUUCAAUCUUCUUUUUAAAAAGUUUUAUAUUUACACGUAAUUGUUGAAAUAUUAAUGUAAUUUGAAAUACUUAUACAUUUUUAGAUGUGGUUGUAACAUAAUCUCUUUAAGUUUUUUUAAGACUGUUUUUAUUGCUUCGUCUUUCUUUUUAAUUUAUUUUAUAGCAAAAAUUGAAAGGAUAUUAAAUUUACCAAAGAUUACAGAAAAUAUUAGCUAGGAUAUAUUAUAUAUUGACUGUUAUUGUUAGUUAUUGAUGGGUUGUUGUCCCUGAAUUUUGUUACAAAAGUUAUAAUUCCUGCACAGCAUUUGUUAAAAAUUUUGAUACAAAUUAUGAUAUUUAACUGUGUUUAAAGGAAUGUUGCAAUUUAAAAAGGAGCUUGCUCACUUACUCUAAAUCAAAUAGCAUAGUAUAGGGGAGAUAACUCUAUUUUCUAUGUCCUUUGUUAUGUAUUGUAUCUGUGAUCAUUAUAGUAAAAUUGCCUUAUUCUGUCAUAUUGGCGAUAAAAAUUAUCAUAAUA